CCGCCGCUUCAUUGUCGCUGACAGUCGGAUUACUGGUGCCGGCGGCCGCCUGCUCCUCAGCCUCCUCCUCCUCCUCCUCCUCCUCCACGAUGCGGGCUCCAACUAAGGAUUUAUAAUUUCCUCCUGCGCCGGUCCUUCCUGCUCCUCCUCUGCACGGACUCGUUCCAGCGAUGUCGCCACGUCCUCGGGUCUGAGCCGUCCGGUCGAGCCGACACCGAUUCCUCCGCCUCCGUCAGCUCCAGCUCUUCUCACGGUUCCUCUCCGGGUUCUCCCAAGGGUUCUCCUCCGCGGCGUUCCGGACGGCUCCGUUCGCCUUUCGGGGCCUCGGACCUUCAUGCGUCUCCCAGCGGCAGAGUCCACCUCCACCCACCACACCACCACCACCACCACCACCACCUCCACCUCCACCACCUCAACCAUGAGCUGCGAGCAGGAGUUUGGAGACGGAGCGAUGGGCGUGACGCUGACGCUGCGCCUCCUCAUGCACGGAAAGGAAGUCGGGAGCAUCAUCGGAAAGAAAGGAGAAACCGUGAAGAGAAUACGAGAAGAGGUAAGACCCCGACGUCCGUCCCCAUCCUUCUCUCAUCUGUCCUCCUCCUCUGUCUCCUAUUAA